AUGCAUCUCUCAACCGGAACCUUCAUAACAGUCCUCCUGGCUACUGCCGCUCGGGAUACAGCUGCGGCGCCUCAAAACGCGAAUCAAGGAGUGGGCAAUGGGAAUGUUCGGAUACAGACCGUCGCCAACCCCCAAAACGCCCCGGCUGCGACCCCAAUACCACCUGAGGUCCUGGCAGCACAGCAAUCAAGUGCCGCCGCAGCAGCAUCAGCGGCCGCUGCUGCCAAUGCCGCUGCUGCUGCGUCGGGUUUGAGGCAACCACCUGGCUUGCAAGGGGGCGCAAACACAGGCUCCCUUCAGCCUUUGCCGGCACUGAACACAGGGGCACCCGCCCCGCCUCCGGUAGUAGUAGAGACACCAGCAGCAGUAGUUCCACCGGUCGCGACGACGGUGGAAACACAGCCGGUAUUGAUAGCAACCAGCCCGCUAGGCGCUCCGGCUGCAACCCUGAGAGUGCCCCCUGGCCUUGAUACAGCCGCGCCGGUGUCCCUGGUGGCGCCUCCUGGAGGCUCAACAUCGGCCGUUGUAUCCAACGGCGCUGGCCAAGUAAUUGGGUCCUUUACUCCCAUCUUCGGCGCUUCUACCGCGGUUGCGGUCGAUUCAUCCGCGGCAGCGGCCACCUCCAUAAUUGGCGCGGAAACAACCAGCUCAGCCGCCGUUCCCGCUGUCGGCGGGAUCGGUUCUUUCAGCACCAUAGUAGCCGGCGCCUCCGACACCACCGCCGCGGCGGUCGCCUCCGACACCGCCCUUACCAGUGCGGCGGAGACUCUUGCCGCUCCCGCCAGCUCCGCGAAUGCCGGCGCUGUGCUGAUCGGCUCCUUCACCCCCAUCGCAGGCAGCGCAUCAGCAUCAUCAUCAUCAUCAGCAUCAUCAUCAACGUCCGCGGUAGUAGUAGUCGAAGACACAGCGGGUACCGCUACGCCCACGGCCGUCCCCACGCAGGGGUUCGUCUUCAGCAACAGCAGCAGCAACAGCGCGCUUACCUCGGGUGUUGCCCAGGCCUCGGGCGGGCUAGUCGCCCCGACGCCCAUCAGCGAUGCCGGCGCAGCCACGCCCCUGUCCACUUCCACUCCCGGCGACGGCAGCAACACGCUGCUUACCCCGCCGGGGCUGGACGGCGCCACCAACAUGAACUCGACUGGACCAGGUGGAUUGGUGGGCUUCACCAACUCGACGUCGUCGGGCGGCGACAGCGCCUCCCUGCGGCCGCUGCCGAACCCCCCGAGCGCCGGCGUGAACGGCGUGACAGGGGUUGCCGCGCCGCUCCCUACCUCGGGGCCACUAACGACCCUCACCACGGUCAGCGACGGCGUCACGACUACUUUGGUUACUGCGGUGACUGCGCAGACCGAUGCUGUCGGUACUAACGGUGUGCUGGGGCUGGGGGCCGGAGGCCAGGCGAACGCGAACGCGACAGCCGCCGUCACGGCAGGGGCUGAUGCCGUGCUGAUGAAGAGCCACGGUGGGCUGGUCGUGGCGUUUGCUGGCAUCAUGGUGGUGGUGUGGUUGUAA